AUGGCGAUUGCUUCUCUCAUCGCCUCCAGGUUCGCCAGGUCCGGCCACGCCCUCCCUGCCGCCGCGGCCGCGGCCAUCUCUCAGGCGCCCAGGGCCCAGCACGCCGCAUCUCCGCUGCUCUCCGGCUUCGGACCUCUCACUCGCGCCUUCAGCUCAAGGCCUCUAUGGAAGGGAGCGUUCGUCGACGCUUUCCUGCAAAGAAUAAAGAACAAGAGGGAGAAUCUCAACGGCAAGAAGAUCUGGUCUCGCAGGUCUUCCAUCCUGCCGGAGUUCGUCGGUUCCUCCGUGCUCAUUUACAACGGCAAGACUCAUGUCCGUUGCAAGAUCACCGAGGGGAAGGUCGGCCAUAAGCUUGGGGAGUUUGCUUUUACGCGCAGACGCAGGCCCCAUCGGGCCAUUUUGGCGAAGGGCGGUCAAGGAAAGGGGAAGAAGAAGGAAGGAGAGUUGGGAGGUGGGGGAGGGGAGGAGGCGAUUGGCAAUGGCACGUCGGCGACAAAGCAGAUGAGUUGGGAGGCCCGCGACACGAGGAUGCCGGGGGCUCCGGUCCUGGGCGUGGAGGUGGUGACCAUCUUCUACGCCGGAGGUGGUCGGCUAGAUGGUUGUGGAUUCUCGCAUCCAGUCCUGGCGUCGAGUGGGGAGACGAGGCUGCCGGUGAAAACCGUGCUAUAG